CUACACACACACACACACAAAUACACACACAAGCAGGCAUAAUAUUUAGCUACAAUAGUCUUGCUGCCAAACUGUUUUCUAAUGAUGUGUUGUCUAAGGAAGGUUAAAACUAUACCCUGGCAUAAUGUGUAGCUUUUCCUUGUACAUAGUAUUUAGAGGCUGCAGUCGGCUCCUUCUACAUCAGAGAGAAAACCAGUGACGGGAGGUGGUGCUGAAAUAGACAGCUCCCUGUACCAGAGCACCACAGAGCACCGGAGAGCUACAGGAGGGACGUGGUGUUGAAAGGACAGCUCCCUCCGUAUACAGACAUAUAGGAGGCAGGUGGUGCUGAAAGGACAGCUCCCUCCGUAUACAGACAUAUAGGAGGCAGGUGGUGCUGAAAGGACAGCUCCCUCCGUAUACAGACAUAUAGGAGGCAUGUGGUGCUGAAAGGACAGCUCCCUCCAUAUACAGACAUAUAGGAGGCAUGUGGUGCUGAAAGGACAGCUCCCUCCAUAUACAGACACAGAGGAGGCAUGUGGUGCUGAAAGGACAGCUCCGUAUUCCAGGGCAGAGAGGAGGCAUGUGCUGCUGAAAGAACAGCUCCAUAUACCAGGACAGAGAGGACGCAUGUGCUGCUGAAAGGACAGCUCCAUAUACCAGAACACACAAAGCAUUGGAGACACAGAGGAGAGAUGUGGUGCUGAAAGGAUAGCUUCAUACUCCAGCACUGGCCAUAUACACACCAAAGGGAUGUUGUGCUGAACACUACUUGACACCCCUAGAGCUUACUGGUACUCUCUAGUCACAUACAUUUAUGUGUAGCUAGCUUCCCAUUCAUUUCUUCUAGUGUAUAUGUCCUCUCCACAACAGGCUGUUAAGGCUAUAGCUGUAUAUACUUGUGGAGUUAAAAGGUCAGCUAUAAAUGUAUCAGACCCGGUGUCUGACCCUACAUGAGAUGCCACUUGGUUCCUGACUGCUCUGUUGGGGCUCAGUGUAAAUGAGAGACUUCACUUGGGAUGCCCUGAUGCUGGAUCUCCACAGAUUUCAUGGCGGUGGCACGAAAAAUCAAAACUUUGCUGACUGUGAAUAUCUUGGUUUUUGUGGGGAUCAUACUGUUUUCGGUUUACUGCAGGAUCCAGGACAGAUCCCAGGAGCUGGUGCAGAUUGUGAGAAGUUCUGACCGCAGAGUAAGGAGCAGGAACACCAAAGUGGGAGCUUUGGUUGACCGAGAGUCUAUUCUUCAAAGACUGGAUCACCUAGAGGAAGUAGUUUACAACCAACUAAAUGGGCUAGCAAAACCAAUGGGGCUCGUAGAAGGACCUGGUGGACUCGGGCAAGGUGGAAUGGCAGCAACUUUGAGAGAUGAUAGCCAUGAAUCAGAAACCAAAUAUGAAGAAUAUGGCUACAAUGCCCAACUAAGUGACAGAAUAUCUCUGGACAGAUCAAUUCCAGAUUACAGACCCAAAAAGUGUAAACAGAUGAGUUAUCCCGAUGACCUGCCUCAGAUUGCUGUGGUGUUUAUCUUUGUAAAUGAAGCUUUGUCGGUCAUUCUCCGUUCAGUGCACAGUGUGGUCAAUCACACUCCUUCUCAUCUGCUGAAAGAGAUCAUCCUAGUAGAUGACAACAGUGACAACGUGGAACUGAAAUUCAACUUGGAUCAAUAUGUGAAUAAGAGAUACCCUGGCCUUGUAAAAAUAGUUCGUAAUACCAGACGAGAAGGACUAAUUCGAGCUCGGAUACAAGGAUGGAAGGCAGCCAGUGCACCAGUAGUAGGAUUUUUUGAUGCACAUGUGGAAUUCAACACUGGAUGGGCAGAGCCUGUUAUCACAAGGAUCAAAGAAGAUCGUAGACGAAUAAUUUUACCAGCAAUCGACAAUAUCAAAUACAACACAUUUGAGGUGCAGCAAUAUGCUAAUGCUGCACAUGGAUAUAACUGGGGCUUAUGGUGCAUGUACAUUACGCCUCCUCAGGAUUGGCUAGAGAAAGGGGAUGAGUCUGCUCCAAUCAGAACCCCAGCGAUGAUUGGCUGCUCCUUUGUGGUGGAUCGAGCUUACUUUGGAGAUAUUGGGCUGCUGGAUCCUGGCAUGGAGGUGUACGGAGGAGAAAAUAUUGAGCUUGGCAUGAGAGUGUGGCAGUGUGGCGGAAGCAUGGAAGUUUUGCCUUGCUCCAGAGUUGCCCAUAUUGAACGCACAAAGAAGCCUUACAAUAAUGACAUUGACUACUAUGCAAAGCGUAAUGCCCUACGGGCUGCAGAAGUCUGGAUGGAUGAGUUCAAGUCACAUGUUUAUAUGGCAUGGAACAUACCAAUGACAAACCCAGGGGUCGACUUUGGUGAUGUCUCCGAAAGACUGGCUCUUCGGCAUAAACUGCAGUGUCGCAGUUUUAAAUGGUACCUGGAGAAUGUAUACCCAGAAAUGAGAAUCUACAAUGAUACCAUUAACUAUGGCGAGCUUCGUAACAGUAAAGCUACAGGUUAUUGUCUUGAUCAAGGUUCUGAAGAUGACAAUAAAGCCAUUUUGUACCCCUGCCAUGGCAUGUCCUCACAGUUGGUAAGGUACAGCACUGAAGGGCUGCUACAGCUGGGUCCCCUUGGCUCUACUGCCUUCUUACCAGAUACAAAGUGUCUCAUUGACGAUGGCAAAGGAAGAACCCCAACUUUAAAGAAAUGUGAUGAUGUCCCAAGACCAACUCAGAAACUCUGGGAUUUCACACAGAAUAGCCCCAUUGUCAGUCGGGAUACAGGUCGCUGCCUGGAGGUGGAGAUGUCCAAGGAUGCCAAUUUUGGACUGAGGCUAGUGGUGCAGAGAUGCUCAGGACAGAAAUGGAUUAUAAGAAAUUGGAUAAAACAUGGUCGGAAUUGAUGGCUAUGGGAGAAAGGGUGUUCUAUUUAGACCUGAGAAACAUACAAAGAUGCCUUCUUGGUUGAACACAAGAAUAGAAGACAUUUUGUACCAUUUGUUCAUGGACUACUGAACAUUACAUGAUAAUAGCCAUCCCACCAUGUGGAUAGGCUGACAUGGAUCCUGUGUGGAAAUACCAAAAGGAAGAGAUGGACAGAGCACGUCAAAGUUGGAGGAUUAAAAGACUGGAAAGAGUUUGUAUGUCCUUAGGAGAUAAAUGAAAAGCUUCUCUCUGCUGGUAAAUUUUAUGUUACAGACUGGUGCACAAUUCCUACAAUGAAUGAUCAUGUGCCUUUUUAUCGUACUUCCUAUACAAGAGAAGAUAGCAUCCCUCACAUCAGCAUGUGUGAUUAGUUGUGCUAAAUAAUAUGUAAAUAAGAUGCAAAUGUAAGUAAGCAAUAAUCACCAAUGGGCAAAAAAUCGAUUCGCUGUCAUUACCCCAAUGGUUUGGUAAAAGCAUUGACGUGAUCAUUGUUCAGGUAUGGCUUGGUCAUAGAGAAGUUCUUCAUUUGUACUGCUGUUACAAUGUAACAAACCAAAUGUAUUCCUACAGAUACAAAUUCAUUCGUAGGUAAAUAGUUGAAUUAUCGGAUUCUUCUAUCCGUACAAUAGAGCUUCAAAUACUCUGACCUUCAUCUACGUGAUGGCUGGUUUAUGAUUCAUGUGCAACAUCUUAAUGAACACAUCAGGUUUAUUCACCAGUGUUGUCUCAUAUAAAGAAUUACUAGUCUAGUCAAAGGCUUUACUGAAGUUCAAACCUUUAUGACCAAGGAAUAGUUUGGUUAAAAAACAAGGGGAAAUUUAUAAAGCCGGUAUUUCUGGCUCUGGGCUUUAAAAAGCCACACUUUUUUUUGCAAACCCCUUUUCAACUUUACACCCUGCUUGCCAAGUGGGCAGAACUUUGAGUAAGAGUGGGUGUAGAAGGUACAACCGCAACCCAAUUUUAUUACAAUUUAUGCUAGAGAGCUGGCGUAAAUUAUAGCUGAAAUCUACGCUAGCCUGGAAUAGCUUAGGUUUCACAUCACGGUGCACUGGCAGCCGCUGAAGUCCCUGAUUUAUUAGGAGGUGUGUACCUCGAAAUAAAUCAAACUAUAUAUAUCAGUUGCAUUGCGGUUUGUAACAGUAUCACGUCACUUUUCAAUAGUAAGUAAUGGAAGAAUUUAAUUGCAGUACUGGAAACUGCAAUGUAACCUGAGUAAAUUCCCCCCCAUAAUAUUUUAGUCGAGCUUCCAAGAAAAUGUAAAUGUAAAAACAAACAGUGUGUUGCGUUGCAGUUGAAUUAUAGUUGGCCAUAUGCGGUAAGUACUUUUGAAAGCUGCUGUUUAUCAAGUUGGUUUUUUUUGUCUUGUUUUUUUUUCAUAACGCAUGCCAGUUUUAGGUAAUAAACAAUUAGGAUGUAAUUGCGAAAACUGACAAGUAUUAAAAAUAAAACCCAGGUUAAAGGGGUAUCCCGACUUUAGGUAAAAUAAUAGAAAUGCUGUAGAAGCAUAUAACUUGUCUGUCUCAGUUCUAAAACCAGUCAAAAUCUAUUUGCCUUGUGUGUCUGUGGGUCUGUCCUAUGUUAGUCAAUCACUGUGCUUCCUGUUUGACCAGUUGUUUAGUACUACAAUUGCCAGAAUGCAAUGGUUUUCCUCACCUCUUCAUCACAGUUCUCUCACCCUGCUCACUCCCCUCAUACAGCACUCCUUCCAGUUUCCCACCCAGAGCGGCUUCAGAAUAUUAUGUAGCACAGUAGACUCUCCACACAGCAAGUCUGUAAAAGCUGCUGUGUUCAUUGCAUGUCUGCUCCUCUGUCUGUGGCAUUGCUCAGCACAAGGUAGCAUGCUGUAAACACAUCUCAUUCUUCUCCAAAUGUCCCAAUAAAGAUAUAUAAGUGUAUAUGACAAUGGAACGACAAUGGGAUGGGUUGGGCUACAGCUCAGAGACAAGAUCCAGCCAAGCUUCCUGAGACAAGAGAGGAUGAUAUGUUGUCUUGAGAGAGAGGGAGGAGCCGGGAAGUGGGAGACAACACUACAUUGAAAAUGAAAGAAUUACACAACUUCCUGUCGGGUGAAUCAAGCAAAAGCACACUGAAGCCAGUACAAUAUGUGAUAACACUAUGUUAGUAAGUAAUUAACGGUAUCUUGGGGUGAUAGUUUUAUUUAAAAACAAUUUUUAUAUACCCCCUAGAAUACCCCUUUAACAGCAGCAUUUCUAAGGUAUUUACUGUAUAUUGCCAACUGCUAUUCAAUCUUAUUGUGUGUUUUUACACUAACUGAUUUAUAUCCAGUGUUUAUUUAUUAUAAAGCAGAGUGAUCACUGUUCAGGGGAAAGGAUACUUUGGUCCAUACUUUUCAAGAACAGAACCACUGUGGUCCAUAAACUGUGUCUGAUAUUACAGCACAACCCUAUUAAACUGAAUGAGUUGCAAUACCAGACACAGCUUGUGGACAGGAGUGGUGUUCUUGAUUGAAAAUACAAUUUCUUUUACCUCAUCUUAGAUAACCACUUAUUUAGAAUGUUAAACUCAAGAAAUGACAAAGAAAGACAAAUAAUUCCUAUAACGACUAUAAAGAUUAUAGCACGGACUAGUUAAAAACGUCUUGGCCCCUCACAUAUUAGUUUGUGUAUUUUUGACUAUAGACAUCAGUUACAACAGCGCUUUACUUGCAUCAGUUGUCCAAUGGAGAUUAUUGUGUAUAAACAAAUACAAAGCAUUUUUCACCUUUUUGGGAUCAAUCUUGUGAUUCACAUUGCCUAGACUGAUAUAAAACUGAAAGGAAAGUAUGUUAUGUCAGUCACCAUUUUAAGUCCUGAAAUUCUUCAAACAAUUAAAAAUGUCUACUGGAAAUUG